CGUGUUGGACGUCAGGCGGUUCAAAGAGGAGGGAAGAUGGCGGACAACAAAGGCCAAGCGGAGACGGAGAGCUCGGCUAGUAUGGAGGUAGAACCCGCCGCCCCGGUGAACGGAGACACUAAGGAGGUGAUUUCAGAGCCGGCUGGUGUUACAGAAGCGGCCGGUACGGGUGGGAGCGACGGACAGUGCGGGGAAAACGGUCCGCGGGAGUCGACACCUCCACCACCGCCCGCCGCCGCCGCUGCUGCUGCUGCUGCUACCACCUCUGUUGGCGGGGAGAACAGCAGCGACAUCGCGGGAGAAGGAGGCGGAGGAGGUGGAGAGGGUGGCGGAGGUGGUGGAGAGGGUGGCGGAGGAGGUGGAGAGGGUGGCGGCGGCGGUGAAGGUGGAGGAGAAGUGAGCGCUAGUCGCAGCACCCCGGACGGCAACAGCGGCGAGACUGAGGCCGAGACCGGGACCGGGACUGAUAAUGGGAACGGGAGUACGGAGACUGAGACUGAGACCGAGACUGCGACUGCCGAGAACACCACCACCGCCGCUGCCGCUGAGUCGUCCGGGGCUGCGGGUGACAGCGCAACACCAGCCCCGGCCGAAGCCGGCGGGUCUCCCCCGGCUCCCUCAGCCGAGCUGCCGCCCCCCGCGCCCGCCGCCCCGAUCAACCUGCUGGAUACGUGCGCGGUGUGCAAACAGUGCCUCCAGAACCGCGACUGUGAGCCCAAACUCCUGCCCUGCCUGCACUCAUUCUGCCUCAAAUGCAUCCCUCAGCCCGAGCGCCAGAUCAGCGUGGGAGUCCCCGGCCCUCACGGCCAGGAUACGCACAUCGUGAAUGUCAUGCGGUGUACAGUCUGCUACCAGGAGUACAAACAGACCGACAUGGUGGACAAUUACUUUGUGAAGGACACGACAGAAGCCUCCAGCACUUCCACAGAGAAAUCCACACAGGUAUGCACCAGCUGCGAAGACAAUGCCAGUGCCAUUGGUUUUUGUGUGGAGUGUGGGGAAUGGCUAUGCAAGACUUGCAUUGAGGCGCACCAGAGGGUCAAGUUCACCAAGGAUCAUAAUAUACGUAAAAAAGAGGAGGUCUCCAGCGAUUCUGUGGGUUCUUCAGGACAGAGGACCGUGUUCUGCCCGGUCCACAAACAGGAAGCCCUGAAGCUGUUCUGCGAGACCUGCGAUAAACUGACCUGCAGAGACUGUCAGCUGCUGGAGCACAAAGAGCACAGGUACCAGUUCUUGGAAGAAGCCUUUCAAAAUCAGAAAGGAAUCAUUGAGACAUUUAUGGCAAAACUGCAGGAGAAGAAAAAUUUUGUGCAGUUUUCUGCAGCUCAGGUGCAAAACAGACUGAAAGAAGCAACAGAUACGCACAAGAAGGUUGAGCACGAGAUUAAGAUUGCAGUAUUUACACUUAUCAAUGAAAUCAACAAGAAGGGCAAGUCUCUGCUUCAGCAGCUGGAGAGCGUGACGAAGGAGCGCACCAUGAAGCUGUACAGCCAGCAGCGGGACAUUAACUUGAUGGCGCAGCAGAUCCUGCACGUCCUGCGCUUCACACACUGGGCCAUCAGUAACGGCAGCAGCACCGCCCUGCUCUACAGCAAGAGACUGAUCACAUACCAGCUGCGUCACAUCCUAAAGGUUCCCCUUGACCCGGUACCUCAGGCCAACGGAGCGGUCCGAUUCUUCUGCGACCCCACCUUCUGGGCCAAGAAUGUCGUCAACCUCGGUAACCUGGUAAUUGAAAAGGUGCCUCCACCAGCCCCCCACCCUCCGAACAUGAUGGGGCAGCAGAUCUCACCUGGACACAACAACCCAGGAAAGCACCCUGGACAGAUUAACCUGGCUCAGCUCCGACUGCAGCACAUGCAGCAGGUCGCUUUCGCUCAGAAGCAUCAGCAUCAGCAGCAGCAGCAGCAGCAGCAGCAUCAGCAGCAGCAGCAUCAGCAGCAGAUCCAGCAGCAGAUGCGCAUUGCCUCACAAAUGUCUCAGCAUCCCAGACAGGGGGGACCACCUCAGAUAAUGCAGCAACAGCCUCCUAGACUCAUUAGCAUGCAGGCAAUGCAGAGGGAGGGGGUCAACGGUUCCUCCCACAUGUACCCCCCUCCCCACCACCUGCGCAUGACCGCCUCCCAGGGUCGCAUGCCCGUGGCCCAGCCGCGUCUCAACGGCCAACCAUAUCCCAUGAUGCAGCCGCAGCUCCAGAGACGGCAUUCCAACCCCGGUCACGCGGGCCCAUUCCCCGUGGCAUCGCUUCACAACGUCAGCGCUGCCAACCCCACCAGCCCCACCAGCGCCAGCAUGGCCAGCGCUCACGGCCACCGGGGUCCUACCAGCCCUGUGGUGGGACCCAUAGAGCUCAUUCCCUCAGUCACCAACCCUGAGAACCUGCCCUGCCUGCCUGACAUUCCCCCCAUCCAGUUGGAAGAUGCAGGUUCCAGCACGUUGGACAACCUCCUAACCCGAUACAUCUCCGCUAGCACUCAGCAGCCAAACCUGGCACCCGUCAAUAACCUUAACGCGUCACCGGCUCCCUCCACACACUCUCCAGGCUCGUCAGGGUUGUCAAACUCAUUGACUCCAGCUCGACCGUCCAGCUCCUCAAGCACUGGCAGUCGUGGCAGCUGUGGGUCAGCAGGUAGGUCAGGGACUGGGGGCGCAGCUGUAGACCAGGUGAAGGUAAAGCAGGAACCAGGAGUGGAGGAGGAGUGCGGAUACUCCGGGGCCAACGUCAAAACAGAGCGGGGGAAAGACGGCAGACGGAGCGCGUGCAUGAUGAGCACUCCUGAGGUUCAUGCGACCCCUCCUCUCCCUGUCCUCGGCUCUGUGUCCACCGGAUCUGUACAGGACAUGUUAAGAACCCUGGGAGAGAACGUGAAAAUGGAGCCGCAGAACCAGUCCUGCAGCAGCAUGCACAAACUCAGCACACACAGCAGCACCGCUCUGACCAACGGCAGCAUGGACUUCGCCGCGCAGGCGUCAGCGGUGCAUCGCUAUCAGAGGAGCGGCGGCUCACAGGCUAACGCUAACAGCCAGCCGGGAACACAGGGGAAGGAGGACGACCCGAACGAGGACUGGUGCGCUGUCUGUCAGAACGGAGGAGAGCUGCUGUGCUGCGAUCGCUGCCCUAAAGUCUUCCACAUUACCUGCCACAUCCCCGUCCUGCGCUCGUUACCCAGUGGAGACUGGAUGUGCACGUUCUGCAGAAAUCUGACCAAACCAGAGCUGGAGUAUAACUGCGACGACGACCCGCCUAGUUCAAAAGCUGAGAGCGAUCGAGGCAUCAGUCCUGAGGACCAGAGGAAAUGCGAGCGCCUGCUGCUUUAUUUGUUCUGUCACGAGUUGAGUGUAGAGUUUCAGGAGCCAGUUUCCUCCUCGGUUCCCAACUACUAUAAGAUCAUAAAGCACCCCAUGGAUUUGAACUAUGUGAAGAGGAAGCUGCAGCUGAAGCACACACAGCACUACAAGACUCCCAAAGAGUUUGUGUAUGACGUCCGUCUGGUCUUUAGCAACUGUGCCAAGUACAACGAGAUGUCUCGAAUAAUCCAGGUAUAUGAUGAGGAGAAACAGAGUAAUGUGCAGGCGGACUCCGAGGUGGCGGAGGCGGGGAAGGCCGUGAGCAUGUACUUCGAGGAGAGGCUGGCUGAGAUCUACCCCGAUCAGAGUUUCCCCCUCGAGGCGGAGAAGCGCUCGCUCUCCGACGCAGACGGCGAAGUGGACGACGACUCGGACGACGACUUCGUUCAGCCCAAGCGCAAGAGGUUAAAAAACGACGAGAAACUGCUGCACAUAAAGUGAACGGGAUCCUACGCCACGUAGGGACUACAGAAAAAAGUGUUUUCGGUCUUCCUCACAGUCGCCCCCUCGUUCUGGACCCACCGCUGUUCGGGUUACACGUUUAUAACUUCAUCCUGCUUACUAUGAAGGGUCACUGUACAUAAAUAAGCGAGAACUUCAAAACUUUAAAAUAUGAACUGUUAAGUCUUGAACUGAGAACUUGUUGAUUAUUAUUUUUUGCUCUUUUGUUCCUCUGGGGAGAUCCGUUCUUCUAAGGAUUCAGAGGAUUCGGAGGAUUUUGAGGAUUUUCGUUUCUGGUAUUCGUCUCAUCGGUCGGUACUGACAAGAAACUAAACCUGUAUUUAAAAAAAGAAAAAUGCCGUUUGUUUGGACCGGUUAAGAAACAUCUGAUCAACUGUUUCUUUUCUAAAAUAUAUCAUUUAUGACCAUGUUUGUAAAUCUGUUGUGAUGAAACUACUAUGCUUUAUAAAAGAACUCAAAACUCCCGUAUGCCCUUGUCUGUAUGUAUGAUAAACAGUUAUGGCUUA